CUUCAGCUUUCUCACCAACAUAGUCUUUGGUCUAGGUGUGCCGUUCAGCGACGUCAGCUUGCCUAAGCAGCCGAAUUUUUAGCAAACGAUACAUUAUUCCCCGAUCAUUUUCUUCUUAGAGGACACCGUACUCUUCAGCCUCAAGUGACAGUGUGCAAAGGAGGUUGAGGGUUAAGAUAAAUGCUCACCCGCUUGACAACCCCCCGCCGCAUCCUUGUCUUUUCUCACGGGGGGCUUCAAGCGCGUAUCUCGACGACGUCAACUCCGGCCUUGGGUUCAAAGACCAGUCGACCAAUUUUAGUCCAACGCUCUAAAUUACAGUCACAUCAAAACUCUACCAUGGCGACGGGAAUGACAGAACCGCCAACUCAUUAUGAUGCCAUCAUCAUAGGCUCUGGUCAAGGAGGCGGGCCAUUAGCACAGGCAUAUGCCAAUGCUGGAAAGAAGACUGCUUUGAUAGAAAAAUCUCACGUUGGUGGAACAUGUAUCAAUGAAGGAUGCACUCCAACGAAAACUAUGGUGGCAUCAGCGCGUGUCGCCCAUGUGGCAAGCCGAGCUCACAGAUACGGAGUUCAGUACAAGAAAUCCUCACUCAUCGUCAAUAUGGAGACCGUGCGAAGACGGAAACGCGACAUUGUUGACUCUUUUCGCUCUGGGGGCGAAAACAGGAUGAAGAAUAUCAAAGGCCUCGAUCUGAUCAUGGGCACCGCGCGUUUCAUUGGAUCCGACAUGAUUGAAGUUAAACGCUCCGAAUUCAGCAAUGACCUGGAUACGAUGUUGCUCACGGCAGACCAGAUUUUCAUCAACACUGGGUGUUCGCCGUCAAAGCUAGACAUUAAAAACGCCGACAAAGUUACAGCUUUGCUCGACUCGACGAGUGUCAUGGAAUUGGACCAAGUUCCGCGACAUAUUGUUGUAGUUGGUGGUGGGUACGUUGGGAUUGAAUUUGCACAGAUGCUGAAGCGAUUUGGCGCCAAAGUGAGCAUCGUGCAGCGCGCGGCAAGGUUAAUGCCACGCGAGGAUCCAGACGUCUCGGAGGAAGUGAAGAAAAUCCUUACUGAUGAUGGCAUCGACGUCUAUACCGGCGCACGGGUCACAGACAUGGGUAGCGUCACUGUCGGCCAGACUGUAAUGUCAGUUGUGCAGGAAAAUGGGUCAAUCAAGUCGCUGCUAUGCUCGCAUGUCCUAGCAGCGGCGGGUCGCAGUCCUAAUACCAAAGACUUGAAUCUGUCCGCUGCAGGAGUUGAGACUGACCCCGCCGGCUUCGUCAAGGUUGACGAGCAUCUGCAAACAACAAAUCCCAAGAUCCACGCCAUGGGCGACGUCAAGGGCGGCCCGCAGUUCACCCACAUCUCCUACGACGAUAUGCGUAUUCUCAAACACAAUCUCCUCACUCAUGUCAAUACCGGCAGCCUUGCUUCGAUCGAGAACCGGUUGGUUCCCUACACAGUCUUCAUGGACCCGCAACUCGGACGUGUCGGCUUAACUGAGACUGAAGCCCGCAGGCAGUUUCCCACGCGAAACAUCAAGGUUGCCAAAAUGCCAAUGGCCUAUGUGGCUCGUGCUCUCGAAACUGAUGAGUCCCUGGGCUUCAUGAAGGCCGUGGUCGAUGGUGACACGAAGGAAAUCUUGGGUUUUGCCUGUUUAGGUCUCGAGGGCGGUGAAAUCAUGAGUAUGGUCCAGUUGGCCAUGAUGGGGGGUAUGACUUAUGAUGAACUGGAGAACACCAUUUUCGCACAUCCAUGUCUCAGCGAGGGUUUGAAUAAUCUCUGGGGUUUCUUGGAAUGAACGACGAACCAUGAGGAUUGGGGAUGCGAGACGGUGCCGUGAUUGUAGUUGCGUCGAGUGCCACAGCUUGAUUGUCCAUUGGCUGGACAAAUAACAAAUACAAAUAGUUCAGAGCCUGAAAAAUCAUAGCUCAGCAAAAGGAA